AUGAAGUUCGUGGGGCAAGGCAAAAAUCAGAUUGAAUUUGUCAUCGAUGGAACUCUAUUGGCUCCUGCAAACCCGAGGGACAUUAAGAAGGACACAUGGAUCAACUUUAGAUACAUAAAUGAUCUCUAUAUCUCCGGUGCCGGUACACUCAACGGCCAAGGAAAGCAGUCUUGGCCACUCAAUGACUGCCACAAAACAUCAACUACCAUGGGAUUUGCUUUCGUGACCAAUUCAAGAAUCAAUAGGAUAACCUCACUCAACAGUAAAAUUGGCAUCACUAUAACAGCUCCCGGCGAUAGCCCAAAUACCGAUAGUAUCAAGCUCGGUUUCUCUAGCAACAUUCACAUCUCUAACACAGUCAUCGGUACCGGAGACGACUGUAUCACCAUUUUUUUACAUAUGAUUAGUGUCAGAAGCUUGGGGAAGAACCAAGACGAGAAGGAUGUUACCGACCUAACGGUAAAAGACAUAGUUUUUAACGGCACAAGCGAUGGUAUUCGAAUCAAGACUUGGGAUUCUUCGGCUUUGAAGAUCAUUAUUUCUAAAUUUGUGUUCGAGAAUAUUCAAAUGAUUAAUGUUGAAAAACUAAUCAACAUCGAUCAGAAGUAUUGUCCUCACCCACCUUGUGAAAAGAAGGGAGAUUCUCACGUUCAGAUACAAGACCUUAAGUUAAAGAACAUAUAUGGGACAUCGAUGAACAAAGUGGUAAGCUUUCUGUGCAAGAAUGUAGUGCUAAUUGACAUUAACAUAGAGCAUAAUGGAGUUGAUGAUGGUCUGUCCACUGCAAUGUGUGAGAAUGUUGACGGUUCUGCACAUGGCAAGAUGGUUCCCCAACAUUGUAUGCGUUAA